AUGGUGGCGUGUGCUGGAGCCACGGUUGAGAAUCUGUACGAUCAAAUUGAUUAUCUCAAUGCCAAGUAUCCUCGGGAACGAGCCACGCAUUGGCGCGGAUCUACGUUUCUCCUGACACUGGGAAUCAACGGUGCCAGCUUCAAUUGCGUUCAACAUUGGCUCACCACCUUGAAUCCACUGCAAGAUUGUUCCACCAACUCAGACAAUCUACUGGGAAAUUUGGACCAGGUUCAAGAAGAGUUGACGGCUGCUCUUACCUAUUUGGUUUCCGAGGCCAACGAAGCCACCAUUCGAGUUUUGGCGGAUUUCUUUGACAACGAAUACGUUGGCAAACUCAACGCAAUCUCACAGGAAGUGGUGCAAUCUAUCCAGGAGAAUCCUCCUCCCUUUCCACGAGACGAGGUUGAUAUGGAGUUUAUCGAUGUCAACGACUACUUGACCAUGGGCUCCUGUUCCAAUGCCAAAGACUAUCUCGACUUGUGGGGCUUUCAACUUGGAUUGCCUACGGUUCUAUCCGUUGGUGCCUACCAUCCGACUCCCAGGGGAUACGACAAGUACUACGAGGCAGUUCUGGACAAUUUGGGCUAG